UAGAGCUGAGCGAAAUGCGACCAUCGUCGCGCAUGUUGACAAAAGUAUCUAAGUCGCGCUUAUGGCGUGACACCGUGUUAAUCUUUGGUGCGUAGCUGGUUUAUGAAGAGUUUAUCUGUAUUUUGUGACACCACCAGAGACAUUACGUUCUAUUCUACAAGCGCUACAGAUGUCCAGCGACAGUCAACUUACUCUUGAAGCUACUUUUCUUAUAUUUCGGACUCUGCUACAGUUAAUGCUCAUCGCCGAAACUACGGGAGCAUCUCAUAUGCCGAGGAGACGCCCGUGGCCUGAAUGUAAUUGCGCGAUUGCUAAAAAUGGCGACCUGGGUGUCGAAACGCCGAUUACUUAAGGCCUGAUGCGAUCGCACGAAUUCACAUGAACGCAGAGGAAUGUCGGUUUUAAUUUCUAAGACUAUACACUUGCUCAACACCGACAGAAAAGGGCCUUUCAAGCUGCCGAUGGUGUACUGUAACAGAAACCAGCUCUGUAGGCACACAGAAGUCGGUCUUUGCACCUGAGGUCAAGAGCGCUGACACAGGUCAGAGCGGUAGAAUGAAAACGCCGGGACUGCUGUAGGUCGUCUGAUCCUUUCAAAGCGAAACUAUUUUCUGCGUUGCGAAAAACAAGAGGAAGUCAACAUGUACGCCAAGCAGUGGUGCAUUCUCUGGUUCGUAGCUGUCACCUACGUAAUCGGGCUGACACUUUUCGGGUGCGGAUUCUUAGGUGUUGUCAAGAAACCUGCGGGGCACUCGUCCGCAGAGGAUGUAAGUUAUCCUUAUAAGAUAUGUGGAGUGUCCGAGGCAGCCAAGCCAGCGACAGCUGUCGCCCCUAAACCAAAACUGAAGUUGGUGUUUGUUCUAAUCGACGCACUCCGGUUCGACUUCGUCGCAUCGCGCCCAGACUCUAUGCCUUUCGUCACUUCCUUGCUGCGAAGUAACGAAGCCCUACUGUACCGCUGUCAGGGUUACUCGCCUACUGUGACGCUGCCGCGCAUUAAGACGCUGCUGACUGGCACGGUGCCGGGCUUCGGGGACGUCGCGCUCAACCUGAAUGCAGCUGCCAUCGGAGAAGACAACUGGGUGUACCAGGCGCGAACCGCAGGUCUUCGUGUCGCCUUUUACGGCGACGACACCUGGCUAAGGAUACUGCCAGGUCACUUCAAUCGUCACGACGGCACAACGUCUUUCUUCGUCUCGGACUACACCGAGGUCGACCACAAUGUGUCCCGGCACGUGCCAGCAGAGAUGGAGGCUCACGACUGGGAUGUCCUGAUUCUGCAUUAUUUGGGGCUGGACCACAUCGGCCACUCCCAUGGCCCGUCGUCACCACUCGUCGAUCGCAAGCUCACCGAGAUGGAUGACAUUCUGUCUGUGAUACAUCGUUCACUAAGUGAGAGAACAGAUGAGAACUACCUGAUCUUGGUUACGGGAGACCACGGCAUGACCACAGCUGGAAACCAUGGUGGUAGCUCCGAACUUGAAGUCAUUACUCCACUUAUACUGAUCCCGACGCGCGGAUGGACACUUGACCGCUGGCAGACGACAGUGCCGCAAACAGUGGCUCAGGUCGACGUCACCCCUACACUCAGCCUUCUCAUAGGUCUUCCUAUUCCAAAGGGCAGCUUUGGCAUUGCUGUACCAGCUGUCCUUGCUGCUGCUAACUACACAACUUCAGAGCAGCUGUAUCUCCUACAGUACAAUCUGCAGCAGUUGCUUUCUGUGUAUGUAGCAGAGUUCGGAAGCAGUGACAAGCUUUUUGCACUGGCUAAAGAAGCCCUGUGCACAUUCCUUGAUGUUUCACACAGCAUCCAGACUAGCACCAAGCAAGAAGCUGCAGUGAGACAAUCACUACUUCUGAACAUUAUGUCUGACAUUCAGGGUGCCCUUUUAAGUGCCAGUACAGUAGUUGAUAUGACGCUUGUGGGAACUGGUGUGUCAGUCUCACUGAAAGGUUCCCUAACAUUAUUUAUGUUGAUGUUGUCUGUAGUUCAGGGUUAUGGCCAUCGUAUUCCCCAAAUUCGCCAGACCGCUUUUGUGCUAAGUGCUAUGUUCGCCUUCUUCGAGUACUCCACAUUGUGUGCCUUCUUCCCAUCUAGUCAGAGCUGUAGCAAUGGUACCUGGUCAGGCCUCCUAUCACUGCUCUCUGCCACAGUUACAGCCCUCGCUACUUCCUUCUUCUUCUGGCCCUUUUACCGCCUCGAAACACCAGAGUUCCCUCACAUCUUCAUUCUUUCGUGCACGGUCCUUCAUGGAAUCAGCUUUGUGUCUUCCAGUUUUAUCGAGGAAGAACACCUUACAUGGUACUUCAUGACAACGACUGUUGUGUUGAUUCUAUGCUUCUACUACUCUCGUCUCAGUGCACACAGCCCUCUGCUAACUUUCAGGAAGGGCCUUGGCAUUAUGGCUCUUCUCAGGGUGCUUCGCUCGUGGAACAGCACAGGCGACAAGUGGGCCCACGUUCCUGAUGUAGCCGACUGGCUUGGCGAUAGCAGUAAUCGGCAUGUGCUGGCAUUUCUAAUUUUUGUGGGUAUCGUUGCAGUCAUCUUAACCACUGUGCGCCAGGGAAAACCGUUGUCUUCGUUCCUCCUCUACCUCGCGCUCUUAGACCUGUGCCUAUACAAGAUGAAGCUUAUAUAUUACGGUGACGCCCAAGGUGUUGAAAACUUCUACUGGUACCUGCCCCUCUUGGUAGUAUUUGGCAUGUUACAGCAGUACCGCUCGGGCAACGUUUGUGACUUUCCGACAGCUGUGAUUCAGUCAUGGAUGCUACUCUGCCUGCUCCUCCAUGUGCCUCAGAAUGUCCCCAUGUUUACACUUGUCAUUGUCCUGGAGAAUGCUGUUAAUGAUUUGCUGUGCGAGCUUCCUCUGACUGCGUCCUACCGAGCACUUCUGUACCUCUGGUUCGGUAUGUGCUGUCACUUUUAUCAGGGCAAUUCCAACAAGCUGUCAACCAUUAGCGUUUCAGCUGGCUAUGUUGGCGUGAGUAGUUACAAUCCUCUUCUGGUUGGUUUCCUGAUGGUGUCUCACACGUACAGUAGCCUCAUCUUCUGGUUGCUUAUGUUCUGGAAGCGAUUCACCCAGCCCCAAGACCAAGAGCUUAAGAGGGGCCACGGCAGGACACGGCUGCUAGUGUGUUGCACGUUCUUGUUGGCAAAGUUUUCGGUCACCGCCUGGUACUUGGCACUGAUGGUGAUCCAGAGGUAUCAUCUUUUCGUGCUGACUGUAUUCAGCCCAAAGCUCAUAUAUGAAGUGGCACAUGCGAUAGUGGUUUUGCUUAUUGUUCUUAUUGCCAGUGUGCUGUUUUGUUGAGCUGUCGCAGUUACCAUCUGAUGAAUCGAAAGGUUUGGAGGACCACCUCUUUAGCCACUGCACUAGCUGCUGCUACUCUAGUCAAUCCUGGAGCAAUAUAGGAGAAUCUUUAUUCAGUGUACACUAUGCACAUAUAUUUACUUAGGUCUCCGAGAUUAGCUCGUUACAACUCAUGGUCACAAAGAUUUGUGGAGUGGUAACAUGAAGAGGUGGUGCUCAUGUAGCCUUAUCAAACCUAUGUGUGUUGACAUAAGUCAGAAUUUUCAUGAAUUCCUUGCCAUUAUCUUUUUUGAUAAAAACAAAGCAUUUUUUAAAGAUACUAUUUGUUGUUACAUAUGAUUGAGAUGUUUUUUAUUUAUAAUGCUUGUUACAAAAUUAAUAUCUGUGCAGUAGACAGCAUGUAGCCCAAAAACCCCUUCUAGUGUAUGAACUUGCAGCACUCAGUGAUUACUCUUAGGCACAGGGGUGAACUUGAUGUCAGGGUUCUGUAUCAUUAAACAUUACUACUGUAAUGUAGUUGCACAUACUACCUAUGCAAAAUGAGGUGUUACACACAUAGUGGUGACAUGCAUUUUCUCUCGCAAUAUUUCCUUGUUAGUGAUUCUGCCUUACAUUUUAUUGUUUUAGAAGCCCUUGGAAGAUACUUAUAUGAAUAAAGGGUUCCUUGGACUUCCAUAA